AUGGCCAGUGAUAAUACAGAAGCGAAGUACAAGUUUGUGGCAUUAUGUUGGUCUAUCUGGGUAAGUAGGAAUGAUUUGAUAUGGAAUAAUAAACUUUGGGAUCCUGGAAAUGUUAAAAGUUUGGCUGUAUCUUUGCUAAAUUGUUGGACUAAUUUAUUUAUGCAUGGAGAGCAAAGCCGUGGUGGCAAUGUACAUGCAACAGCUACUGGAAAUGAUCUUGAAGAUUUAAUUAUUAUCCAUGUUGAUGCAGCGGUUAACCCAGGAGAAGAGAAAGGCUAUGUUGCUGCGGUUGUUUAUGAUGGGAGUGGUGUUUUUUUGGCAGCUAGAAGCUCGUCGGUCCGAUGUUUACAUGAUCCUCACUUAGCCGAGGCUAUGGCGAUUAAGGAAGCUCUCUCUUGGGCUAUGGAAUGUGGUUGGCGAAAGGUGAUGGUUUAUUCUGAUUGUCAACUUGUGUGUUCGCUGCUAAAGUCGAGAUCCCUUAAUUUAUCCUACGCAGGCUGUGUUCUUAAGGAUUGUCAUAAUCUAAAACGACACUUUGAUACCGUGUCAUUUGUUUUUAUUCCUAGAUCAGCGAAUAAGCUAGCUCAUGCGUUAGCUAGGGCUGCUAUUUCUCAGUCUGGUCCUCAUUGUUGGUUUUCUAAUUAUCCUACUUGUAUCCAACAUUUGGUGAUUAAUUAA